CCUAAACAGAUGACGUGUGUCUUUGCAUGUGCUUUUCUGAUCGGCUAGUGAAUUUAAUACUUCAUUUAAUAAUAAUUUGUAUAUAUUUCGAAGUUCUUGAUUAACUUAUUCCUUAAUUCAUAUAUAAAUAUGGCAAUGUUAAGAACAUUGCAGUAUUUGUUAACCCUUAGUGUGAUUUUUGAAUGCACAUCAGGACUCUAUUUCCACAUUGGCGAAACAGAACGUAAAUGCUUCAUUGAGGAAAUUCCAGAUGAAACUACAGUUUUAGUCAACUACAAGGUUGAACUCUAUGAUCCUAGAAGUCAAGGUUUUAUGCCAAGCAGUCCUGGAAUAGGAAUGCAUGUUGAAGUACGUGAUCCUGAUGAUAAAGUUGUUCUUUCUCGAGUAUACAGUUCAGAAGGAAGAAUAUCUUUUACCUCUCACACACCUGGAGAACAUGUAAUAUGUUUGUACUCAAACAGUACUGCAUGGUUCAGUGGUGGACAACUGAGGGUACAUUUAGAUAUCCAAGUUGGUGAACAUGCUAUUGAUUAUGCUACAGUUGCACAAAAAGAAAAACUCUCAGAACUACAAUUGAGAAUUAAACAAUUACAAGAUCAAGUUGUUCAAAUUACAAAAGAACAAAGUUAUCAGAGAUAUAGAGAAGAAAGAUUUAGGCAAACAUCCGAAAGUACAAACCGUAGAGUACUAUGGUGGUCUAUCGUUCAAACCAUCAUUUUAAUGGUUAUGGGAGGAUGGCAAAUGCGUCAUCUAAAGAGCUUCUUUGAAGCCAAAAAACUAGUGUAGUUUUUCUGUUUUUUUUUAAGCAGCAGAUAAACUUUGUCAAAUAAAUAUGGUGUUUACGUUGAAUGUAUGUAGCAGUAUCAUAAUGAUCUGCUUAUAAUGAUGUUAUAUUUGACAGUUUGUAUGUAAAAGAAAAUCGUUAAUUUAUCAACUAUGAUGGGCGUCACUAUUUUUUUUUAACUUCAUGUGAGACGCGUAAUUGAAAUAACUAAUUAUAUUUUUAAUGUAUAUGUUUAUUGAACAUGUAUCAUAUACAUCAUACAAUCCAGAUGAAUUAAAAAAACCUUAAGAAAUGAUAGUAACAACAAUAUACUUUUUGCCUUAAAAUAAAUUGUGUGUGCUAAUUUGAAAUGUAUUAUUGUUAACACAAAUUGACAGGCGCCAACAUAAAUAUGCUAAAUGAUCCAAUAAGAUUACGAAAAGUUACCGAUGUUACUUUUUUAAAAUCAAUCAAAAAGUAUCUGUACAAAGAUAUUAGUUGACAUAACAAAAAAAUUCACUUUUUUUUCUUAAAUAAAACUAUUAGAGAUUAUUUAAAUAAAAUUAAAAAUGUAAUAAGUAAGGAAAACUGGGACGAUUCUAUAAGUGUAAAAUAUUUAAGAAAAUAUAGGUAAUAGUAUAUAUAUCGUAUGAAAAUUGCAGAAUCGCGAGAUUCUUUUAAUUUUUAUAUUUUAUAAAUUAUGUUGCCUUU